AUGUGGGAGGAAGCAGCCAGGCGACUGUACGCCUCCAUCACCCUGGAUAGGGACCAGGUCGUGCUGCUCAUUGCUGGGAGGGGGUGGAAGCUCCGACCCGACCAUGCAUCAGCUACCAAGCCAGAGAACCGUGCGCCGGUAAAACUCGCCCAGCGGACGCGGUUGGCGCUCUCCUUUGUCCGCCGCCUCAAGAUCCUAGGAUACUGGACGACGGCCAUAGUGGAGAUGCUCUGGGACGCCGCGGCCCAAGGUGCGCGUCCCCUGUUCCCGAACGUGGAGCAGCUGUUGCUGGAUAUUGGGCCUCCGUGUGUGUCUUAUCCGCCUUGGAUCCAGUGUGAGCUCCCCUCUCCGCCCACAUUCUACAUCUUUGACACCGUGGACGUCUGUCUACUGGGCGACGAGAGCAAGGACCUCCUCUUCAAGCUCCCCGCCAAGCGCUAUCGGUCGGUGACAUGCCACGAGGUCUUGCUCGGUAGCUGGCUGUGGCGCGAGCGCUCCGGCCUGGGGACGACCUGGGACGAAUGGCGCUGCUUCGCCUCGGAUGCGUGGGAGGCCAUCCAGGUUGCGGCAAGUGAUCUGAACCGCCUCACAUGGGACGACUACGAGCACGGCCGAGUGCCAAAGUGGGACCUUCCUCCCCUCCAGGUCUGCCUCAACUACGGCGAGAGUCUUGGCAGCGAUAUUAUUGAGCACUUUGAGGACCAGUAUCCGGAUCACGGGAUGCGGGUCAUCAGGGAUGCUCCGCACAUCGUGCAAAUUGAGCACUUCCCGCCUGACGGAGACGGGUGCGAGCCCUGCGAGCUCUGCAGCGAGACAUGGCGGUCGCAGGAGCUGGUAGAGAAGCGCCGCUGGAGAGCUGUUGGUCCCUCCUUGGCACUUCUCAAGUCUCUUCGCUGGCACUCGAAUGAGGAGUCGGAAGAGUCGACGGAGGACUCGACUGUCGGAACGGGGACGGGCUCAUCGGGAACGGGCUCGUCCGAAGAGACUGAGUCGGGUUCUGGCUCAAAUGAGGCCUCCGCGGCUGGAUCGUCCGAGGAGUCGUCUGAACAGUCGUCUCAUUCAUCGUCGCAAGGUCUGUCGCCGAUAUCUGAAGAGCCGCCAACAUCGGACGGUACUUUGGCGUCAGCUCUGGUCUCUGAAGAUCCGUCUGAGGCGACGACGGAGAAUUCGACAGAUCGCCUCCGGGCUGCCAUCAGCGAGAUGGCGAUCCUGCCCUAG